CACACUUUCUCUGCUAUUACAGACAGUUACUCCAGACAGAGUUCCCGGUCAAAAUCGCCUCCACCACUCUUCCUCUUAUCUCUCUACAAAACAAUCGUUCCUGAACCCUAACCUUCCUCAAAUUUUCCAUCUUAUCGUACAUUUUCGCCCUCUCAACACCAAACUCUUUCUCACAAGAUCGAGGUUUGGGCAAUGAAGCAUUUGAGUAAUAACUGACACAAACAAUUAAAAUUUUUAUUUGUUUAUGGUUGUUUUCGAUUUGAGUCAUUCGUAGAAAUAACUCAUUUUCAUUGGUAUAAGCAUAUCAAGCACGAUGCAGCUUAGUUGUGUUAAGACCACGUUCCCUGUGGCUUUGAGUGGAAGCGUGCAUUGUCAACCGCUGUUAUUGUCACGGCGAAUUGGGUUUGCAGCAAAUGUUGCUUCCGUUCCCCUUGUGUGUUGUUGUGUAAGGAGAGUUUUAAAUGAGAGGGUGGUAACACUCAUGGUUAGUUGCAGCAAGGCACCAGAAAGUGAUUUGGUUGAGAAAAACGAAGGUGGAAGUGGCGGUUUCGCCGAAACUGAAAAGAGUUACACGUGUGUCAUGAAGUUUGGUGGCUCAUCAUUGGCCAAUGCAGAGAGGAUGAGAGAAGUUGCAAGCCUUAUACAAAAUUUUCCUGAUGAGAGGCCUAUCAUUGUUCUCUCUGCCAUGGGAAAGACAACUAACAUGCUUUUACUGGCAGGAGAAAAAGCUGUAAGUUGUGGAGUAACUAAUGCCAACAGUAUUGAUGAGCUCGCUGUUAUAAAAGACCUGCAUAUAAGGACUGUGGAAGAGCUUGGAGUGGACAGAAAUGUUAUUGCAAAGCAUCUAGAAGAAUUGGAGCAACUUUUGAAGGGGAUAGCUAUGAUGAAAGAGAUGACACCGCGGACUCAAGACUAUUUAGUUUCAUUUGGAGAGUGUAUGUCCACUAGGAUCUUUGCUGCAUAUCUUAAUAAAAUAGGUGUUAAGGCCCGCCAAUAUGAUGCAUUUGAGAUUGGUUUUAUAACUACUGAUGACUUCACAAAUGCGGACAUUUUGGAAGCAACAUACCCUGCUGUUGCAAAGAGGUUACAUAGUGAUUGGGUAUCUGAUCCUGCAAUUCCAGUUGUUACAGGCUUCCUUGGAAAGGCACGUAAAUCGUGUGCAGUGACAACAUUGGGAAGAGGGGGCAGUGAUUUGACAGCUACUACAAUUGGCAAAGCACUAGGGUUGCCAGAAAUCCAGGUAUGGAAAGAUGUUGAUGGCGUUCUAACCUGUGAUCCAAAUUUAUGCCCACAAGCAGAACCUGUUCCAUAUUUGACAUUUGACGAGGCUGCUGAACUUGCUUACUUUGGUGCUCAGGUCCUGCAUCCACAGUCUAUGAGACCUGCUAGAGAAAGUGACAUUCCUGUUAGGGUUAAAAAUUCUUACAACCCUAAAGCUCCAGGUACUCUCAUCACCAAGAAAAGAGAUAUGAGCAAGGCAUUAUUAACUAGCAUUGUUUUGAAACGUAAUGUGACCAUGUUGGAUAUUGUAAGCACUCGCAUGCUUGGUCAGUUUGGUUUCCUUGCUAAGGUGUUUUCAAUCUUCGAAGAUUUAGGCAUAUCAGUUGAUGUUGUGGCUACAAGUGAAGUCAGUAUUUCCUUGACAUUGGAUCCAUCAAAGCUGUGGAGCAGAGAGCUAAUUCAACAGGAACUUGACUUUGUCGUUGAAGAACUGGAAAAAAUUGCUGUGGUAAAUCUCCUAAAGAGCAGAUCCAUAAUUUCUCUCAUUGGAAAUGUUCAGAGGUCGUCACUGAUAUUGGAGAAGGCUUUUCAUGUUCUUCGAACUCUUGGGGUCACUGUUCAAAUGAUCUCCCAGGGUGCCUCUAAGGUGAAUAUCUCGUUAGUUGUAAAUGACAGUGAGGCAGAGCAGUGUGUCAGAACUCUCCACAAAGCCUUCUUUGAGAGUGAGCUUUCUGAAUUAGAGAACGAAUGCAUUCCUGGAAAUGGUUCUGUUUCGGCAUUAUCUUAGGGGGACACUUUCGAUUUCUUUGUUUUAGCAAAUAUAUCUCACUCUUCAAUUGAGAUGUCACCGAUCAAUAUAUUUUAUGUUCGGGAAAAUUUUUGGUCGGGAGAUUUGAUGAUGUAUCAAUAUAGUAUGUACUGGUGCUGUUACUGAUAGAACAUGCCUUUGUAUUUUUUUGGUAGCCUCCUUCGGGAGGGGUUGCCCACCUGGAAGCAAUAUUUUAUUAUAUUGUUGCAUACCGUGUCAUUCAAGAAGGAUGAAGUCCCUUUGGUCUCGUAUGGAUCUGAACCUGCUGAAAAUGUAUAGAGCUGUUUUUUUUUUUCCUUCUAUUUUUCUUUUAUAUGUAUUUGAAGAUGUUAACAGCAUGGCUAGUAUUCUCAAAUUUUGGUAUUGCAAUGACUAUGAUAUCUGUGUUGAAAUGCAGAAUGUU